AUGCUGAUGCAAGCAGACAAACGCAUGCUUUCAGGCUACCUGCAGGCCUCGGCGGCGAAAGUGAGUCAAGAAGGCAGGCUAAACUCACGAGUGCUCUGGCAUAGCCGUUGGGACGGAUAUCCGUUGGCUAAACUGUUGCUGCUUUUCCAAAACGGCCUUGAGCAAAUACAUAUGAAUGCACACAGACAAAGCAAUAAGCAGACAAAAGACAGCAGACUGCGUGGGCAGGAGGACAGGGGACUCCGCAGAUCCGAGACACAAUACACAAUUCAGUAG